UCCGCCCCCGGGCCGGGCCGGGCGAGGUCGGUGCCGGUGCCGGUGCCGGUGCUGGGCCAUGCACAACGAGAGCCAGCGGGGGCGAUGGGGCCGCGGCUGCUGCUCGCCGCGGGGCUGCUGCUCGCCACUAGCACCGGGAGCGCUGCAGGUGACAGCUCACAGCAGCACAGUGAAGAAUUAGGACACUCCUGGUCUGUGACCCCGUGGGUCCUGAGAGAUAACCGGACACUAAGCUUGGCAGAAGCGACCCAGGGGGGGUUCCCCGCCCGUCUGGCAGUGCUGCUGGAGCUGGAGGGGAUGCGGCUGCUGCUGGAACUGGAACAAAACUGGGAGCUGGUGCAGGGCACUGGGGUGCUGCUCUAUUACCUGCCUGAUGGCACACGGGUGAUCCAGGAGCCCAGCGAGCAGGAGCACUGCUGCUAUCAGGGGACAGUGCAGGGCUUCCCUGGCUCCUGGGCCAACCUCUGUGCCUGCACUGGACUCAGUGGCUGCCUCUGGCUGUCAGACACCCGGAGCUAUACACUGGAACCGGACACCAGCAACCCCCCAGGGCCACACGAGGCAUCUCACCUUCGGGUCCGGCUGGAGCCACGGAGCUGCAGACAGGGCCCCCACCCUGGGGCAGAGGCAACAGAGCCCCUGUGGUCACAGAGGAGCAAGCGGGAAGUGGCAGAGCAGCGCUUUGUGGAGCUGGUGAUGGUGGUGGACCACACUGCGUUCCAGAAUUACCCCAACCUACAGCGUGUUCGUACCCGGGCCCUGGAAAUAGCCAACCAUGUGGAUGUGUUCUUCCGCCCACUGGGAGUGCGGGUGGCCCUGCUGGCAGUGGAGGUCUGGAGCGAGGGCAACAAGAUCGCGGUGGGCAGCAGUGCCCGGGCUGUGCUGGAGCGGUUCCUGCGCUGGCGUCAGGAGGAACUGCUGCCCCAGCUGCCCCACGACAAUGCCCAGCUCCUGACGGGUGCCCACUUCGAUGAUGUCUCAGUGGGCAUGGCGACUCAAGCCUCCAUGUGUUCCCCCACACGCUCCGGGGGGGUCAGCAUGGACCACUCUGUCAGUGUCCUCGUCAUCGCCUCCACCAUGGCCCAUCAGCUGGGGCACAACUUGGGCAUGCGCCACGACAGCACCGGGCGUCUCUGUGACUGUGGUGACCUCCAGCACGAUCGCAGCUGCAUCAUGGCACCACCUACAGGGUUGACACCUGGCUUGAGCUUCAGCAACUGCAGCCAGCAGGACCUGGAGCACAGCCUGCAGCAGGGCCAGGGCUGGUGUCUCUCCAACGUCCCCGAGCCCCAGCUCCUGACGACCCCCACCUGCGGGAACUACUUGGUAGAGCAGGGCGAGGAAUGUGACUGCGGCCUCAGUGUGGAGUGCACCGAUCCUUGCUGCAACAGCAGCUCCUGCCAGCUGAUGCCAGGGGCCAUGUGUGCCUCCAAGGACGCCUGCUGCCAGGACUGCCAGCUGCGCCGUGCUGGACACGUGUGUCGGGAGCUGCUGGGCGAGUGUGACUUGCCCGAGUUCUGUGACGGGGUCUCACGGCACUGCCCCCCUGACACGUUCCUCCAGGAUGGGCAGCCCUGUGCCAGCGGGCAGGCACGCUGCUACAGCGGGGCCUGUGCCACCUACAAGGAGCAGUGCCAGCAGCUGCUGGGGCCAGGUGCCAGUCCUGUCUCCAGCUCCUGCAUGGCUGCCCUGAACACAAGAGGGGAUGAACGUGGGCACUGUGGGCAGCUCCCCAAUGGCUCCUAUGUCACCUGCACCCAGCAGGACAUCAGCUGUGGGAUGCUGCAGUGCCAGAGCAGCAGCUCCCAUGGGAACAGACCGGAAGGGUCGUGCCAGGGGAUGCCCCUGCCUGGGGACAAGGAUGUGACCGAUGUGGCCAUGGUGCUGCCUGGCACCACCUGUGGCCCCGGGAAGAUGUGCCUCCAGCGCCGGUGCCAGGAUGUCUCCGUGCUGGGUGACCAGCAGUGCCAGAGCAAAUGCCAUGGGCACGGGGUGUGCAACAACCACGGGCACUGCCACUGUGAGCGGGGCUGGGCCCCCCCAACCUGUGACAGCCCCGGAGUGGGCGGCAGCCAGGACAGCGGCCCUGCCGGCCUUGAGCGAGGGGGAAGCGCCCUGCCCACGGCCCUGCUGCUGAGCGCGCUGCUGGGGCUGGCGCUGGCACUGGGGCUGUGGCGUGCCCGCCGUGCUGGCCUGCACAAGCGCCUCUGCCAGCUUGGCAAGGGCACCUCCUGCCAGUACAGGAUCUCACAGCCAGAGCCCCAGUCAGGCAGCAACCAACGUCCCCCUGCACGUCCCCGGCCCCCGCAGUGGCGUCAGGCCACGGAACUGCAGGUCAUGCAUGGCAGCAAGCCGGCUGCCCUCGGCUCAGCCCGGCCUGAUCCGCCCUCCCGGCCUCUCCCGCCGGACCCUGUGCCCAAGGCCCCCCCCUCGGACAGGCCGCCCCCCCCCACACGCCCGCUGCCUGCGGACCCUGUGCUGCUGAGCGCUCAGGUAACGGCAGCAGCACCUGCGUGUGGGGCAGGAGGCCAAUUCCACCCCCUGAGCCCGCCGGGGGUCAGCCCAUCACCGAGCCCUGACACCCCCAUCCCCUUGCAGCCUCCAGGUCCAACCAAGCCCCCCCCACCACAGCGGCCGCUGCCCUCGGACCCCCCGGGCCCUUCACUGCUCCGCAGCGAGAGCCCCCCUGGGCACCCCUAUGUCACCGUGGUUCCUGCCAGGCCCGCCCCGGCCCCGCCACAGGCCUGAGCCGCGGGCAGGGAAUGCGCAGCGCUGGAUCCGCGGGGAAGGCCGGGCCCCGCCGCCCGCUUUUUCUCCCGCCACGUCAAUAAAGGGGCUGUGAGCCGCC